AUGCGUUCCACUCUUGCGACAACAGCCCUGCUGUCGUUGACAUCGUCAACAUGGGCCCUGCUCAAAGCCUCGGAGAACAAUAAUAGCUUGACUAUCUCUAACGAGCGUCUCGUUGCAGGCGUCAGCAAGAGUCGUGGCUACAUCAACCUGCUCACACUUGACGGCCAGAAUCUGUUAGGCAAGGAGGAUGGUAACACCGGUGUGGGGCCAUACCUUGACUGCUAUUGCACUCCAUCCGGAUUUUGGACACCUGGUCGGGGCAGCAAGGUCGACUACCAAUUGUUCAACGGUACAGACGCGGCCGGUGUCAAGUACGGAGGUAUCAGUAUGGGCGAGACAUACGCGCCUACAGGACAACGUCUGGAGCAGUACUGGUUCUUGAGAGAAGGCGAGACGGGUUUGCACACUUUUAGUCGAGUUGCUUACUACAACGAGACCGUGCCAUUCUUGCGCAACCUGCAGGAGCUCAGGACCAUGUUCAGGCCCAACCACGAUCCUCCCCUGUUUACUCACUUCGUGACCAACGAGGAGUUCGAUGCUCCUAGGCCGAGCACUGAGGGUCAAGUGGUUGUGCAGGAUGCCACUUGGUAUCUCCCAAAUAAAGAUGACCCUUACGUCCAAGGCGUCGGUAACUACUUCACCAAGUACACAUUCCAGGACACCUGGAGAAAGCACAAGUCGCACGGCAUGUAUGCAGAUGGGUCCGGCAGCGCCAAUGGAACGACAUACGGUGCAUGGCUGGUGCACAACACGGUUGAGACAUACUUCGGGGGACCGUUGCACUCAGACCUUGUAGUCGAUGGAAUUGUCUACAACUACAUCAGCAGCAACCACCACGGUGACCAAACCCCCAACAUCACCCACGGCUUCGACCGGACUUUUGGACCGCAAUACUUCCAUUUCAACAAAGGCGGUUCCCUUGACGAACUCCGUGCUGAUGCCGACCAGUAUGGUCUUAAGCCGAACUGGAACGCAAAGUUCUAUGACUCCAUUGCUAAGCACGUUCCCAACCUGGUCACUGCAGCUGGCCGCGGUACGUUCAAGGCCAAGAUCGACCUUCCCAAGGGCGCUAAGAACGCAAUCGCCGUUCUUGCACAGAGUGGUGUUGACUUUCAGGACAACGUCUUCGAUACGAAAGCUUAUCAGUACUGGGCUGAGGUCCCCUCGAAUGGUGAAGUGAGCAUCGACCGUGUCAAGGCUGACAACUAUCGCCUCACAGUCUACGCUGAUGGCAUCUUCGGCGACUACAUCCAGGACAACGUCAAAGUCAAUACAGGAAAGAACACUAAUGUCAAGGCGAAGUGGAACCCCGAAAGCGCUGGCACCGAACUCUGGCGCAUCGGUACACCUGACAAGUCCUCCGGCGAGUAUCGCCACGGAUAUGCUCAGUCACCUACACACCCUCUGCUCACCGACGAGUACAGACUGUAUUGGGCUCACUACGACUUUGUGACGGAGUUUCCUGAGGGCGUCACCUACAAAAUUGGUCGCGAUGAUCCUUCUCAAGCACUCAACUACGUGCACUGGAGCAUCUUCGGCGGCAAAGCGAACUACGAGCGUCCGGAACCUGUCUACGAGAAUAUCAACAACUGGACUAUUCUGUUUGACACCAAGGCUCAGCAGCUGAAGAAUAAAAAGACUGCGACGUUCACAGUUCAGCUUGCAGGUGCCAAGUCGGCGGCUGGCAAUACUGACAUUUACAAUGCGAGCGAGCCUUACUCCAACCUCCCGUACACUGUAAAUGUCAACGGCAAGGACUUGCAGCCUUGGGUCAUUCCGUACCAUCACUCUAGCUCUUGCGCUGUCAGGUCUGCGGUCAUCUGCUACAACAUUGCAAACAAGUUCGUGUUCGAUGCCAAGCUGCUGAAGGAAGGCGAAAACACAUUUGUGUUGAGUCUGCCAUAUGGCGGAAAGAACUAUGAGAGUGCGGUGCUACCAGAAGCGUUGUACGUGCAAUAUGAUGCAAUGAGGCUGGAAGUUAAUUAG